GUUUUUGAUCAGGCACCUUUGGGGACGCCAUCUUCGGGGGUCCUAAUAUUGAAAACUAUCGAGCGCCGUCGUUUACUGACUAAACUUAUGAAUAUUAACUGAAGCGCAUGAGUAGCAGUAUGCCUGCUGAACGUAAGAAGUCCGUCAACAUGGAGGAGAGAGAGAUGGGCUCCUUCAGCAACAAGGACAGAGACGCAGACAGACAGGCCGCCGCGUCCCGCGACAAGAGCAAAGACGAGACCAAGAUGAGCGCGAAGAAGGACGGAGGCAAGACGGCGGAAGAUAAGAAGAGACGGGCUGAGGAGGACAAGAGGAAGAGGGAGGAGAAGGAGCGGAAGAAGAAAGAGGAGGAGAAGCAGAGGGCAGAGGAGGAGCAGAAGAAGAAAGAGGAGGAGGAGAAGAGACAGCAGGAGGAGCAGGAGAAGAAGCUUCUGGAGGAGGAAGCCAAACGACAGAAAGAGGAAGAGGCUGCACAGAUCAAGGAGAAAGAGGAGGCGGAACAGCUCCAGCAGGAGGCGUGGGAGCGACACCACGGCAGAAAGGAGCUGCGCGUGAAGAACCAGCACGCGCCGGAGACGCGUCCCGAGGAGGCCUUCUUCAGCCGCCUGGACUCCAGCCUGAAGAAGAACACGGCGUUCGUCAAGAAGCUCCGCACGCUCACGGAGCAGCAGCGUGGCUCGCUGUCGCAGGACUUCGACUCGCUCAACCUCAGCAAGUACAUCGGCGAAGCCGUGAGCUCCAUGGUGGAGGCCAAGCUGAAGAUCUCGGACGUGGGCUGCGCCGUGCAUCUCUGCUCCCUCUUCCACCAGCGCUACACCGAUUUCGCACCGCAUCUCCUCGCCGCCUGGAAGAGACACUUCGAGGCCAGGAAGGAGGAGAAGACGCCAAACGUGAGCAAACUACGAACCGACCUGCGCUUCAUCGCCGAGCUCACCAUCGUGGGUCUGUUCACGGAUAAAGAAGGGCUGUCGCUCAUCUACGAGCAGCUGAAGAACAUCAUCGGCGCCGACCGAGAGACGCACACUCACGUUUCCGUCAUCAUCAGCUUCUGCAAGCACUGCGGAGACGAUAUCGCCGGGCUGGUGCCGCGGAAGGUCAAGAACGCGGUGGAGAAGUUCAGCUCGUCCUUCCCUCCCAGUCAGAUCAUUAAUGCGGAGAAACAGCAGCCGUUCCAAAACCUGCUGAGAGAAUAUUUCACCUCUCUCACCAAACACCUGAAGAAAGACCACCGAGAGCUGCAGAACAUCGAGAGGCAGAACAGGCGUAUCCUGCACUCUAAAGGAGAGCUCAGCGAGGACAGACAUAAGCAGUACGAGGAGUUCGCCACCUCCUAUCAGAAGCUGCUGGCGAACACGCAAACGCUGGCCGAUCUGCUGGACGAGAACAUGCCUGAACUUCCUCUGGACAAAUCCAUCCAGGAAGAACACGGUCCGGGCAUCGAUAUCUUUACGCCGGGGAAACCGGGAGAGUACGAUCUGGACGGAGGGAUCUGGGAGGAUGAGGACGCGCGUAACUUCUACGAGAACAUGGUGGAUCUGAAGGCGUUUGUUCCUGCUAUCCUCUUCAAGGACAACGAGAAGAGCAGCCAGACCAGCAAAGAGGGACGAGAGGGAAACAGCACUGAGGAGUGGGAGAUGGAGUUGGAAGCGCUGGACAUCACUGAUGAGCCGAUAGAUCUGGACGUAGCCGACGAGGCCGAAACUGAAGAACUGGCCAAAAAGUUACUGGAUGAGCAAGAGGGACGAGAGGGAAACAGCACUGAGGAGUUGGAGAUGGAGUUGGAAGCGCUGGACAUCACUGAUGAGCCGAUAGAUCUGGACGUAGCCGACGAGGCCGAAACUGAAGAACUGGCCAAAAAGUUACUGGAUGAGCAAGAGCAGGAGGAUGAGGAGGCCAGCACCGGCUCUCAUCUCAAACUCAUCGUGGACGCUUUCAUCCAGCAGCUCCCAAACUGCAUCAACAGAGACCUGAUUGACAAGGCUGCUAUGGAUUUCUGCAUGAACAUGAACACCAAGUCCAACCGCAGGAAGUUGGUUCGAGCUCUUUUCACGGUGCCCAGACAGAGGCUGGAUCUGUUGCCGUUCUACGCUCGUCUGGUGGCCACUCUGCACCCGUGUAUGUCUGACGUGGCAGAAGACCUCAGCUCAAUGCUCAAAGGAGAUUUCAGAUUUCACGUGACAUUGACUGCUGAAUCUUUGUAUUGGGGUCAUGAUGAUAUUUCAGCAUCUCUAACGCUGUGUGUGUUUGUGCAGAUGCUGCUGUCUGAUUUCUCUCACCAUCAUAUCGAGAUGGCCUGCACACUGCUGGAGACGUGUGGACGCUUUCUCUUCCGCUCACCGGAGUCUCACCUGCGCACGAGCGUCUUACUGGAGCAAAUGAUGCGUAAGAAGCAGGCUCAGCAUCUGGAUGUGCGUUAUGUGACGAUGGUGGAGAACGCCUAUUACUACUGCAACCCGCCGCCGAUGGAGAAGACGGUGCGCAAGAAGAGGCCGCCGCUGCAGGAGUACAUCCGCAAACUCCUCUACAAAGACCUGUCCAAGGUCACCACUGAGAAGGUGUUGAGGCAGCUGAGGAAGCUGCCCUGGCAUGAUGCUGAUGAGAAGAGUUACCUGAUCUGCUGCAUGAUCAACAUCUGGAACGUCAAGUACAACAGCAUCCACUGCGUGGCCAACCUGCUGGCAGGACUGGUGGCGUAUCAGGAGGAUGUGGGCAUUCAUGUGGUGGACGGCCUGCUGGAGGACAUCCGCCUCGGCAUGGAGGUGUGUGUGUGUGUGUGUGUGUGUGAGUGUGAGUGUUUGGAGAAAGACGGCCGCUCCUCCAGCGCCAUGGGCGAGAACGAGCCUCUGGAUGAGGAUGAUGAUGAUGAUGACGACGAGGGAGGAGCCGAGACCGAGGAGCAGUCUGGAAACGAGAGCGAGAUGAAUGAACCCGAGGAGGAGGAGGGCUCAGACAAUGAGGAAGAAGAGCGUGAGGAGGAAGAGGAGAACACCGACUAUCUGACCGACUCCAACAAAGAGAACGAGACGGAUGAAGAGAACAACGAGGUCACUCUCCGCAGCGGAGGACUCAAACACGUGGCGUGUGCCGAGGACGAGGACUUCAUCCAGGCGCUGGACAAAAUGAUGCUGGAAAACCUGCAGCAGCGCAGUGGAGAGGCAGUGAAGGUCCAUCAGCUGGAUGUGGCCAUACCCCUCCAGUUAAAGAGCCAGCUGAAGAAAAGCCCGGCCCCCUCCUGCGACGCAGACACAGACAUCAGCGACACCAUGCAGUUCGUCAUGCUCACACGCAAGGGCAACAAACAGCAGUUUAAGAUCCUGAACGUGCCGCUGUCGUCUCAUCUGGCGGCAAAUCACUUCAGCCAGCAGCAGGUGGAGCAGGAGGAGCGCAUGCGCAUGAAGAAGCUGACGCUGGACAUCAACGAGCGGCAGGAGCAGGAGGACUAUCAGGAGAUGAUGCAGUCACUCGCUCAGAGACCCGCUCCCGCAAACACCAACAGAGAGCGCCGGCCGCGAUACCAGCACCCUAAAGGAGCCCCGAACGCGGACCUCAUAUUCAAGACUGGCGGCAGGAGACGCUGAUGAUGUAAGACUGAGCAAACGAGUCAAAGAGAGACAUGGAGAGAUGGACAGCGGUGCUGCUCUGGGACGGAGACAGCGUCACCACGGCAACCAGAGACGAGCCGCAUCAGCUGGUGGACACGGAUGGGAACACACACACACACACACACACACACAUAUAUAUAUAUAUACACACGCUGGGCUGAAAUGUCUCAGCAUGGACACACAGGAUGGAGGUGGUUUUAUUUUGCCAGGAACCGCUUGAUGGUUCGAUAGCGAGCGAACGGAGACUCUAACGGAGGAAAACUCAAGUGUUGUUGUUCUUCAGACAAACUUUGGGACGUGUUCUGAUCUUUCUCCUGAUGUUUUUUCUCACCGAGCGAGACGUGCAUGGGCUGAACGCAGCUGCUAACACGUUCGCGGUUGCAGUAAAGUGACUUUCUGUGACCGUGAGAAUGCUUGUUUGUGUCUGUGCUCUCUAAAAACACUCACCAGCUUGUUUUACAGCCGUCGUGAGACAGAUGCAGUCGAGCCGGACGCAAACACGCGCCUGUGGGAGGACUGGUAACGUGCACGUCAGUUUAUCUGCUGAAGGCCUGUUAGUUUGGGACCCUUUUAAGCAUCUUUAAACUACAAAUAUUGAGAGAAACAACUUAAAUCGCCCCCAGAGGCUGUUUUAGUACAUGGUUUGCAGCUCAUCCUGUCUAUACACGUUAUUAAAAUUCAUAAAACCACAACAUGAUUAAAAUCAGCUUGACAAAUGUACUUUAAAUAUUACCGUAAUGAGAUAUUAAAAAUGAUUUUUCAAUGCAAAAAAAAGUAUUUUCUUUCUAUACUUCUUAAUGCAUAGAUUUUGUGCGGUUUCUGAUUUAGUACUUUCCUCUUCUCUGUGUUUUUCAUUUGUACCGUGCUUCGAAUUUGUGAUUUUUCUAGUCUUUUCAUUGACCCGACUGAUUAAAUGUCAUGCUUGGUGAACGUUUGUGAAUCUCUAAAUCCCUGUUUUGCAUCUAAUGUGUUCCGAGUUCAACAUUAUCUGUAACGUUCAGUUGCAACUGAACCAUGAUGGGUUUAAUCGAAUUUAUUCAGAAACAAUCACUGAAAAUGAAAGAUCUUCACCAAUGCAAGAACAUUUACAUUUACUCAAGGAGGUGGAAAUAAACUGUUGCUUUGUUUCCUGUGUGCAUGUGUUUAUAGUGGCGUCACAUGUUCACAAUCAUGCAUUCGGAGUCCUUCAAUAACUGCUUCAAUGGAAGCAAAAACCGGAGUCGUGAAAAAAAAAAAAACUAAAAGCAUACAUACACUAACACUCGUGCUCAUUCACACUGGAAUCCACAUUACAUACACUACAGGUGAAAUACAACAGCGUGUGAUUGGUGGUGAUUUCAGUCCCCUGUGACUAACAACAUGUUCCAGAUCUAGAUUUGGAUGGCUUUGGUUUAGUGUAGGAGGAACUAAACUUACAUUUACGAGACCUUCUGCAUGUUUGAAGAGAAAGAUCUCCACCUGACAACCAACGUCCAAACCCACAAUUCAACAUCCAGAGAGCAAAAAUACAACAUUAUCAUACACACUACCUGCUGAGAGACCACAUGUGAGAUUUUGCUCUAGGAAGACCCUUGAGGUAUUUCUUGCAUACAGUCUGGGUUCUUCAGAAAUAAC